CAAUGCCAUCGUUUACUCAGACCCUCUCUUAGGCCCUCUCCCAUUCUUGAAGACCUGGAAAUUUCAAUUCGGUGUUUACAAUGGCGUUGCCUUUCAGUUCUUCAACAACAAUUCAUGGUUCUUUUACUGGAAAACCCAAAGCACUACAAAUGGGAUAUUUUCAGCCGUUGGAUAAGGCUCAUAAUCAACCAACGGCAGUGAGCUUUUCCCGGAGACAUUCUGCGGUGAAGCCAUUGAAUGCUAACGAGUCAGUUGUUGUCUCAGCGGCAACAAUUGCAGCUCCUGAGGUUACUGAGAAAGUAGGGGCAGAAGGCUAUGAAAAGCUUGCUAAGCAGCUGGAAAAUGCUUCUGCUCUUGAGAUUGUAGAUAAAGCCCUUGAGACAUUUGGGGAUGACAUUGCUAUUGCUUUCAGCGGGGCAGAAGAUGUUGUUCUGAUUGAGUAUGCACGCUUAACUGGCAGACCCUUUAGAGUAUUCAGUCUCGAUACUGGGAGGUUAAACCCGGAGACUUAUAGGUUCUUUGACACAGUCGAGAAACAUUAUGGCAUUCGAGUGGAAUACAUGUUUCCUGAUGCGGUUGAAGUUCAGGGGCUAGUGAGGAGCAAGGGCCUUUUCUCGUUUUACGAGGAUGGUCACCAGGAGUGCUGCCGUGUGAGGAAGGUCAGGCCGUUGAGGAGGGCGCUAAAGCAGUUACGCGCCUGGAUCACUGGGCAACGGAAGGAUCAAUCCCCUGGCACUCGGUCUGAAAUUCCGGUUGUGCAGGUAGACCCCUCGUUUGAGGGCCUGGAUGGCGGGGUUGGCAGCUUGGUGAAGUGGAACCCUCUGGCGAAUGUGGAUGGAAAGGACGUUUGGGACUUCCUCAGGGCGAUGAAUGUGCCCGUGAACUCGUUGCAUUCCCGGGGCUACGUCUCCAUCGGGUGUGAGCCCUGCACGAGACCUGUCCUCCCCGGGCAGCACGAGAGGGAAGGGAGGUGGUGGUGGGAAGAUGCAGCAGCCAAGGAAUGCGGUUUGCACAAAGCCAACAUCAAGGACACAAUCCCGAGUGCCAACACCAUCGAACGUGACAUUUUCAAUACCAACAACGUUGUAACCUUAACCAGGCCUGGAAUCGAGAACAUGUUGAAAAUGGCAGACCGGAAGGAGCCUUGGGUUGUCGUUCUUUACGCCCCCUGGUGCCGCUUCUCCCAGGCCAUGGAAGAAUCAUACACUGAAUUGGCAGGGAAAUUAGCAGGGUCUGGUGUGAAGGCUGCAAAGUUCAGAGCAGAUGGUGACCAGAAACCAUUUGCACAGCAAGAACUGCAGCUUGUUAGCUUCCCCACCAUCCUUUUCUUCCCCAAGAACUCAUCUCGGCCGAUCAAGUACGCGUCGGAGAAGAGGGACACAGACUCCUUGCUGGCUUUUGUGGAUGCCUUAAGAUGAAUGAACUCACAAUCUGUAACUUCUUUUUCCACAAUCCAUAGAUCCAAUAAUUGUACAUAUUAGUUUUCUUCAAUGGACCUCCCAUGCAAGCCUAGUGGCUUGGUAGAACAGAUGUAUUUAUUCAUCAUCCACUUUACAGAUGUAAUAAGCAGUGGGAACAUUCCUGCAAAAGCAUUUUUACAGAAAAGCAUUUCCACCUACAUCUAA